AUGGGUAGCAAGCUCUCUCAACUGUUCCCCCCUGCUGCUAAAUUUACGGAGAAGCAGCUCCCAGACCAAUCGGACAAGGUGAGAAGUGUUACCGCUGUCUUCUUGAUUACAGGCGCCAGCACCGGCUUGGGCUUUGAGCUCGCUCGUCUCCUCUAUAUCAAGGGUGCCAAAAUCCAUAUCGCAGCUCGUUCGGAGAGCAAUGGUGCCGCCGCGAUUAAACGCAUCAAGUCCGCCCACCCGACGAGCAAGGGGUCGCUGCAUUUCCACCACCUCGAUCUCUCCGACCUCCCUUCUGUUGUGUCAUCCGCUAAAUCAUUUCUGUCGAAGGAGUCCAGGCUGGACGUGCUGUGGAACAAUGCGGGCGUCAUGAUGCCCCCUACUGAAUCUAAGACCAAUCAGGGCUAUGAGCUCCAGAUGGGCACAAAUUGCUUGGGACCGUUCCUCUUCACCAAGCUGCUGACACCGCUGUUAGUCGAAACAGCAAUGCAGAGUGGAAGUUCGACUCGAGUAGUGUGGGUAUCGAGUUCGGCAGCUGAAAUUUUUGGCCCAAAGGGAGGCGUGGAUCUGAAGGCAUUGCAGAGUGGCCAAGAAUCUAAAAGUGAUUGGAGAGCAUAUGGGGAGAGCAAGGCGGGAAAUGUUCUCUAUGCCAAAGAAUUUGCAAGGCGAUUCAAAGAUAACAAUGUUAUCAGCACGAGCUUGGACCCUGGCAAUCUUAAGACAGAUCUUCAGAGACAUCUGAAUGGCCUACAAGCUCUCAUCAUUCGCCUAAUACUACAUCCGCCGAUCAAGGGAGCCUAUACGGAACUAUUUGCUGGCUUGUCUCCUGACGUAACGUUAGCAAAGUCAGGUGUCGUUCCCUGGGGCAGAUUUAGUCCUUUGAGAUCCGACAUUGAGCAAGCAGGUCUAACGGAGGAGGAAGGUGGUACGGGAAAUGCUCGCGAGUUCUGGGAAUGGAGUGAGAAGCAAGUCGAGCAAUAUCUUUGA